AUGAUUAAGAAGCUAAGCACGGGCCACGGGCCAAGUCAAGCUGCGCUUGCAGCUAUUGAUGCUCUAGCACCUAGAGAGCCUUUCACAUACACAAAAAUUACAAACCAAUAUAGUGUUAUUCGAUCUAUACUCACCCGAAGACACCAAGGCCAAUGCGCCUCACGCGCAGUAGGUGGCCAAAAACGACAGCUCCUCCACCCACACCAAGAGCAGGCUCUAAUAGCCUAUAUCAAUCAACUUAUAGAGAGAGGCUUACCUCCUAGUCAGUCAAUAAUACGCAAUUUUGCGUUAAACAUCGCUAAGAGAGAGGUUAGAUUGAACUGGGCUAGUCGCUUUGCGAUAGGCCUCGAUAACUGUCGCCACAAAGUAGAUUCAAGAAGUAAGUAUAGCCUCUACUUUAGCCUCCUAUGCAAUAAAAUUAAUCAAUAUCGCGUCGAGGCGCGUCAUAUCUACAAUAUAGAUAAGAAGGGCUUCAUACUUAGUAUCGUAAGUCGUUUAAGGAGGAUCUUUAGUAAGGCCUCGUACGAGGGCAUCAGGGGGAGGAGUACGAUACAGGAUGGCUCACGCCAGUAG